UCGUACAGGAUUAGUGCUGAACCCAAGUUUAAAAGGUAUAUUCCAGCGGUUCUUUGGAGUGAUGGCGGGACUGGCGGAAGAACAGCCGUUUCACGUUCUUGAGACUGGCAGCUGGCAGGGGGAGUCGGCAUCAUGGAUCGCGGAGCAUGUUUUGAAACAUCCAGAAUCUAUUCUUGUCUGCCUGGACAAAUGGAAUGGGAGUCCACCGCCAGAAAACUCCGGAUACGACAUGGCUGCUAUAGAGGACCGAUUUCGCUCGAACAUGGCUAGGAUCCCGAAUGGCGAUCGUGUGGUUGCCUUCAAAGGCAGCUCUCUUGAGUCUCUGGCAAACAUCCUGGCCAGCGGGCUUGAUUCUCGCUUCGAUGCUGUCUUGCUAGAUGGUUCACACGAGAUGAAUGAUGUGUUGGGGGACGCGCUCUUGUCGUUCCGCAUGCUCAAGGUGGGAGGUGUCAUGAUCUUCGACGACUACUGGAUGCGAGGGGUAGCGCAAGCGACAGCAGCAUUCGAGGAAGCCCUCGGAGACUACCUCGAAGUUUUGCACAGCGACGAGACCCAUCUGGUGGUGAGCAAAGCGGCCAACAAACGCUUUGCGACACACGGCAGCGAACUACUGCUAGGCGACAGUUCAAGACUGCAGAAGCUGACCAGCCGGAACCCCACGGCCUCGACUGCAUAA